AUGGUGAAGGAUAAUAACAACUCAGGUUCGGGCGCAUCGAUGCCGCCGAAAUGGAGCAUGCAAAGACGGGUGAGUAUGUUUUUUUAUUUAUAUCUUAUAAUUCCUAUUUUUACGAAGCUUCUAUGUAGGGAAUAUUAAAAUGUAAUGUGUGAAUUAGUGCUUAUUAUUAUUAUUAAUAUGUGUGUUCUUUUAUUUUAAUUUUGCAGGGUAUUUUCGGCCCACAGUUAACGUCCGACGAUCAUGAGCUGGGGAUCGAUUUGAUUUUUGCCCUGGAUCAAAAAGAUGUGAGAUCUGCUGGAACUGCUGAGAAUAUGAAGAGUUUGCUGUCGGCUCAAGCUCUCUUCCGUGUACUGUAUAAAAGAGUUAGUUUUUUUAAAUUUAAUUUUUUUAGUGAUACAAAUUUUUUUCUCUUUACUUGACCUCGAAUUUUUUUAAAAAUUGUUGUUAUAUUUUUUUCUGCUUCCCCCCGCCCUCCCCAUUUUUUUGAGAUGGCUGAAUAAUUUUAUAAUACACGUUUUGUGCUUUAGGUUGGUGAGUGGAACGAUGACAAGGAAUGGAAGGAUUCGAUCGGAUUACUCCAUACGGAGUUUGUUCCGCGUUUUCUCGCAUCCGAUAACUUCACGGAGUCCUUUGAACGUACAGCUUGCUUCUCUCAUCCAUCCGUACGGCGUUACCUAUUGCCUGUCUACAUGAACAGUAAUUUCUUCCUUGUUUAUAUGGCGAAAAAAACAAGUGGAGAUGUUUCUGUUCUUGUAUUAGAUUCGACGUUCGGCGGAAACGCGUACACUUUCGACGCCGAUUUAAAGUGGAUUGCAAAAUGCCUGUUCAAAUCUGUCGGCGACAUCAGAGUUAUCCGCGCUAAUGAGGCUCAGAUUCCGAGACAAGUAGAGAAUGACUGUGGCAUUCAAACUAAACUAUAAGCGAGGUGGAGAUCAUAUCAGUAAGUAUUGUUUACGUGUUUCAAAUGUUUUUACUAUUUUUUUGUUUCAUGAUUGUGUAUUCCAUUUUUUGGACUAGUUUGGACUAGACAUCACUGAACGAUUCGCCAAAAGCAACAAUGGAAAAAUGUUUUGCGCACGCGAAAUUCGUGAGAAGGUAAUUUCUUUUUAGAGAUAUACAAGCCUUAAAAGGUGGCUCGGCCACCAAAACGUGUGUGGGAAUGGCUUUCUUAAAUGAAAAUUCUCUGUUUCAGGGCUUCUUCUACUGUCACAAUGAUUUGGUUCUCACCAUCGCGUCGCUCAACUACUACGGCAAGCAGCAAAUCCAAGGAGUUGUAG